AGGUUACGCCUCUUCAAGACCACUACGGACUCCUUGGUUCUCCACGAUGAUGGCGCUGCGUGUGUCAGGAGUUCGUGAAGAAACGUUGGAUAUGGAGAGUCGGAUGGAGCUGGACGCCCUGCACGCAUCGCUGUCGACUGAAGAUGACGCUAAUUGGACUCCGAGUCAUCUGCGUUUGUUGUAUCUACUCUCUCGAUUCGCAACGUAUCCCAGCUCAACUGAUGAGGAAGAAAAGUGGUUGCGUAGUUUGCCUCUUCAAGUUAUGGUCUUUGAGGCCAUUGUCCACGGUCUUCUAGCUUUCGAUUAUUCGCCUGUAUGCACGAGUAUCGUCAAGGACGGACAGUCGAAAAGACUGUGGCUCAACAUGAGCCACGACGCUCGAGCAGCUAUUGACGAUCUACGGGAACACGAGCUGGUGAAUGCCCUUAAGACUUGCAGCGAGGAUUUCCAGCCGUCCACAGCCUACCAGGUAACGAAGGAAGGUAUGACGGUACUCGCGUCAUUGCCUCCUCGAGACAAGCAGCGACUCGACGAGUUCCUCACAGCGCCGAGAUCUUCACUUCCUGACGUUAUUUCGGCACCAGCGGAGUCUCCAAGACUAGGAACGCGUCCUAUGCCUACUACCAACCCAUCCGGCCUCGUUUUAGUGGAGAACCCGCUGUUCAAGAUCACGUACGACCCGGAUAAAGGGCAUUUCCGAAUUCGACGUGGGGACGGAAGUGUGUACAUUUCGCGCGUCACAGAUAUCGAGGAGGUAUCGUAUGUGUCGAGUCCUUAUCUCCCGUCAUGUUUGAUGAGAAAUGGCACUGCCAAUUUCUCCUCCAAUGCCUGGCAAGCUGAAAAAUGCCGCAAAGGGGCAGCGAGUGUUGGUAGCAGCAGUAUCCAAGAUGCUGAUCUCUCUUUCGCCAUUGUUUUGGAAAAUGUUCGACUAAUGGUGGGCGAGUGGAUUCCGUUUGGACCCAACCAGAUCGUCCUGCUAAACGACCGAUUAGGAUCUCUUGAACGCUGUCAGGGAGGACUCUUUACGUCCGAACUCGACGACGCACCAACGUCGACAUCGUUAGCUAUUGAACCGGGACUAACGAAAAUUGCCAUCGUCGAUUUCGAGUUCGAUUGUUUCACCAAUUUCGAGGCAGAUAUCUACGCUCCAAUUGAAGAUGGCAUCAUUCAGAUCGAGAGCUUUGGUAUGCAUCUGAAUGGGGAUGGCUCCAUCGUCUACGGAAUGGAAAUCGACGCUACAAUGGACCGCUCGGCAGAUUUUCUGUGCGUCGAUCACCUCGCUCGCCUUUUAGUGGAUGUGGACUUGGAUUCGUCUAAGAUUAUCAACGAUUUAUUGUCUUCACAUCAGCGUGGGCUACUGGACAUGCUGUUCAUGGGCGACGCACGAUCGAGAAAUAAGUUCGCACUGCUCACUGCCAGUGGAAUCUCACCGAAACUUCCUGCUCGAGCGUAUCUAGAUCGUGGUGAGAAAGAGAAUGAGCUUAAGCAGGUUCUGGGAGAGCUGCAUUCAGUACACGACAUCGGUAAAGACGACAAGCUGCUGGUUGGACACGAUGGGAUGCUACUUGCUGGACCGAACGCCAACAAACACGAGCCAUUGUUAGUUGCACACUUGGCUCUAUUGUCACGUGAACUAGUUGUGCGGUUUUUCUUCAAACGAACUUUCAUCCUGGGCGACGUAUUGGCACGUGCUCGCAACUACAUGACGAGCUUCGAGAUGAAUCCGGAAGCAUUAGACGAUAUGCGGGAUCGAGUCAGUCACUGUGCGCAUGAUCUCGUUCUACUGGAAGAAAUCCUGGAACUUUUACGUGAAUCACUCCGUGGAUUAGCGCUCAAUAUCCCCUCGCGGCCAAUACCGUCCGAAGAUGACCCCACCGGGGCUGGUGCUGCGUUGUACGAUCAUUUGCAGCUUCGUAAAACCCACAAAGACUUGGAAAUGCGCUGCAAAGACCUUGCCAAACUGCUUCGAGGCUUUCGAGCUAAGCUGAAACAAGUGCAAAGUCAGAACGGUACCAUGGCAAAGAUGAUGCUUGAAGGGCUCGUCCUUGGAGUCGAGCGCAACGUGGCUGUGUUAGCUGAGGCAACGCGAGCUAACCAGCGCUCACUCAAGGGUUCUUUCGACUUAUUACUGUUUAUGUUCGCUGCUAUUCUCGCUUUUGAGCUGCUGGAUCGAAUCACAGACGGAAAUCUCCUUGGAAUGGAUAAGGCUACUGCCCCAUCCCUUCAAUGGAUCAAGGAUUUAGUGGUCGAAAACUUCAUCGGCUACCCGGGACUCUGGUUCGUGAUCAAUAUGAUCUGGUUGGCGGUCGUAAUUUGGCUAGUGCGAGCAGGAAUUCGACUCGGAUCUCGCCGUCUAUCACGUACUCAACGCAUGGUCUUUGCCAACGCUCCUCAUCGUAUCAACGUCGCUGCAUUCGAGCAAUUUCUACGAACCCCACUGGACGAGUUAGUCCCCGCUGACGAUUCGUCUUCUGUUGCUCGAACGCGAUGCUUCCGGAAGAGAGUCAUCGAGUCGAGGAAAGCGAGUGUUCGAGGGUCAAUCCGCGUCGUUAAAGUUCUGUGGAGUGAAGCAGCCGUCAGACCCAAAUGCCAAACGUGGAUGGAGUUCUUUACGCGCGUACGUCAAAACUGGGAGCAGUUCAUCGCUCCACCCGUCCGCACCCAAGUUACUUACGACGCUACAAACGGGCUGCUGAUCGAUGUCAUUGUCCAUGUACGUGGACAAAGUACUAUACAUAUUUCUCCCUCUUUGAUGAUUUCUGGCGUGAAUUCUGUGUCGAUCUAGGCCGGGUUAACGACAGACUGCGCCGAGAUAUACGAUCAGCUCAAAUGUCAAAUGGAAAGUGCUGGAUGUUUUGAUGAGCAUUAUACUCCACCGACCGUGUCCAAGCCCGAAGACUCCCCUCCAGACUCCCGUUCCCGUCGGGGGUUCUUCGUUCCCCGGUCAAUUGCGCGAUGGAACGCACCAGUGCACCCCACGCAAGGAGUGUAGAGGGUAUUGUUCGAAAGUGCUUGCGAUUUAUAGGUCAGUGUCACCAACUACGGGCACUUUGAUACGCAUCAUGCAAGCGAAUCGAUACGGUUUUCUCACAUUCCAUGUUAGCUACAGGUAAGUGGUUUCGUAUAGUCAAACGUCUUUUCAUGACCGUCGUGACAAACGACGAUAGAAAACUACCAGAACCUUCGCUAACGUUUCACCAAAAGAUUAGGGAACUUGUGUUGCAAAAAUGGUUUGUCCACUACGCUAUUGACCUACGUGGAUAGGCCGGGGGAGGUAUCCUUACUUUUUCACUAAUAUGCAGUGGCAAGGUCGGCAAAAUGUUGACACAAACUUGCUUUAUCGUCUGUCAGUGUUCCAACUCGGUGAAAACAACUCCGCAACUUGCGACAGCAAACAACAUUUUUUUUUUCGAG